GCCCCGCCUCUUGCGUCAGCGAAGGACAAAGUCAUUGAGGAAGGGUGAUUUUCGGCCUUUAGAACGGAGGUGCCGGUGGAGGAGCGGAGCCUUCCGCCAUCUUAGGAGAACUUCCCCCCGCCGCCGCAGCCAUGUUCUCGUCCAUUGCGCCGCUUGUGCGGCUGAACCCAUUCCACGCUCCUCAUCUGCAGCUGCAGCAGGAAGGCCUCGGGCUGAGGAAGCGCCCGGCGGAGCCUGAGGAGGCCUCGUGUACCCGGCGGAGCCUGGCAGCCGCAUCCGCAGAGGAAGAAUACAGUUGUGAAUAUGGAUCGCUCAAGUUUUAUGCUCUCUGUGGCUUUGGAGGAAUCCUAAGUUGUGGUCUGACACACACAGCAGUCGUACCUUUGGAUUUAGUGAAGUGCCGCAUUCAGGUGGAUCCACAAAAAUAUAAGAGCAUAUUCAAUGGAUUUUCAGUUACUGUCAAAGAAGAUGGUGUUCGUGGCUUAGCUAAGGGAUGGGCCCCAACCUUUAUUGGGUAUUCCAUGCAAGGACUCUGCAAAUUUGGUUUCUAUGAAGUGUUCAAAAUCCUAUAUGGAAACCUAUUGGGAGAGGAAAAUACAUACUUGUGGCGUACAUCACUGUACUUGGCUGCAUCUGCCAGUGCAGAGUUCUUUGCUGAUAUUGCUUUGGCUCCAAUGGAAGCUGCUAAGGUUCGCAUUCAAACGCAGCCUGGGUAUGCUAAUACAUUGCGGCAAGCAGCUCCAAAAAUGUUUGCAGAAGAAGGUAUUUGGGCUUUCUACAAAGGUGUUGCACCAUUAUGGAUGAGGCAGAUUCCAUAUACAAUGAUGAAGUUUGCCUGCUUUGAACGAACUGUAGAAGCUCUAUACAAACAUGUUGUCCCCAAACCAAGGAGUGAAUGUUCCAAAGGAGAACAGCUGGUUGUAACAUUCGUAGCAGGCUAUAUUGCUGGUGUCUUCUGUGCCAUUGUAUCACAUCCUGCGGAUUCUGUGGUAUCUGUGCUGAAUAAAGAAAAGGGCAGUUCAGCUCUGGAAGUGCUGAAGAGGCUGGGAAUUAAAGGUGUAUGGAAGGGGCUGUUUGCACGUAUUAUUAUGAUUGGCACCCUGACUGCACUGCAGUGGUUCAUCUAUGAUUCCGUGAAGGUAUAUUUCAGGCUUCCUCGUCCACCUCCACCUGAGAUGCCAGAAUCUCUGAAGAAAAAACUUGGGCUUACAGAGUAAAUUGAUCAUGGACUCAAUGAUAGCAAAACAUCAUGAAACUUUUUUCCACUUGGCAAUGUAGAAGAUUAAAAUUUUAUUGGCUCAGGCUGCAGUGUUGUCACCAUUGGUCUAAAUAAACAGUAUGAGAAUUAUGA